AUGGCACAAACGGAGCGCGAGGAAGAGCGACAGCCGCUCAUCAACGAUAAUCCCCUGCUGCAAUCCUACUACUACUCCCUGGAAUCGCGCAUAGGAUACAGACUUGUACUGGGAGGCACUCGCCACUUCGGCUACUGGGACCAUGACACCUACUGGCCGCUCCCCAUGUCCAGAGCCUUGCGCGCGAUGGAAGACAAGCUCGCCGAGGUGCUCGCCCUCCCGGCUGGCGCUGAGGUCCUUGACGCUGGCUGCGGAGUGAGCCAUGUUGCCCUGCAUCUGGCGAAAAAACAUGAGCUCCGAAUAACAGGUAUCGACGUGAUUGACCAUCAUAUCGUCAAAUCGCGUAGGAAUAUCGCAGGCUCGGGCUUACCGGAGGGACGAGUCACUGUGCGGAAGAUGGAUUACCAUCAUCUAGAAUCGUUCGCGGAUCAAUCUUUCGAUGGUGUCUACACUAUGGAGACUUUUGUCCACGCGACAGACCCAGAAGCGGUGUUGGCGGAGUUUUACCGCCUGCUCCGGCCAGGUGGAAGAAUUGCGCUUUUCGAAUACGACCAUAACCGGCUCGCAGAUGAGCCAAGUGAAAUGGCCCAGUCGAUGCAACAGAUCAACCACUACGCAGCUAUGCCCACGAACCAGGUCUCCGACGUCGGUGUCUUUCAGCGGUUUCUAGAGGAGGCAGGAUUUCAGGACGUGGUUGUUCGAGACUUCUCUGACAACAUUCGCCCGAUGACGAGAUUCUUCUUCCUCCUCGCCAUUAUUCCCUACUACAUAAUCGAGUUAUUCCAUCUAGAACGCUUCUUCAUUAAUACUGUAGCUGGUGUCAACACUUAUCUAGGACGUGGGCGGUGGCGUUACGUUGCCAUUACAGCCACCAAGCCUGGAAACACAAUUGAGGCUCCCAAGAGGAAGUAG